AUGAGUGAGGCAAGUAGCAGUGGGCUGCAGCAGCAGCAGCAGCAGCGCAGUGGCGAUGAGUGGCGCGAGGAGGAGGAGUGCCCGAGGUGUGCCGCAAUGAAAGUGAACGCAAUUGUUGCCGAGGAAGCGCUUGCUGCGCUCAGCGUUCAGUUCAAAAAUCUGCAGAAAGAACUGAAGAUUUCGGAGAGUUGCAUGAGUGAGGCAAGUAGCAGCGGGCUGCAGCAGCAGCAUCAGCGCAGUGGCGAUGAGUGGCGCGAGGAGGAGGAGUGCCCGAGGUGUGCCGCAAUGAAGGUGAACGCAAUCGUUGCCGAGGAAGCGCUUGCUGCGCUCAGCGUUCAGUUCAAAAAUUUGCAGAAAGAACUGAAGAAGACGGAACAGGUAUCAAAAAUAAACGAGGAACAGGCAAGGUAUAUUGACGAGAGGCGUUCAAAGCUUGAAAAGGUGGAAGCUGAACGUACAGCGAUAUCGGCCGAAUUCGAGAAUUUACGGGUAAUUUCAUAA